ACAGGGAAGUGGGAAUGAGGAUUUAUUUAUACAUAAACAUUCUUCAUUCAAAAUUUGAACAUAUUCUUCAUGGCGCCGCCGGAUUACAUGUUUUGGUCCUUUUAUAUUUCCGAACAUAUAUAUAAUAUGAACGUAAAAAGGUCGGCCCCAUAACUUGAUCCUAUCAGAAAUCACCACGUGUAUCUCAGAUUCCAAGAAAGGACAAGAACGAAGAAUGGGAUAAUUGGCAGUGAGGCCUAGAGAGAGACCGAGAGGGUGAGGAAUACGUAAGGCUUGAGGGGAACGAUAACACGAAUCAUAUUGUAUUAUAUGGUAUGGACUUUAAAAGAAAGUAAAGAAAUCCUUAAAGUGAGAUAAAGAAUUUUUUUUUUUAAAAUAAAAUAAAAUUAUAUAGAAGGUAUGGGUGACCGCCACUAAUCACUUUCUGCUUUUUUUUCAUUUCUCUCUCCUCCUUUUUGUCCUCAUAUUAACAAAACCCUUGAAGCAAACAAACCUCUCAGAAUAAUAAUAACACUCCAAGAUUUCACGAUUUGGUUCUCUUUCUCUCUCUAGCUCCCUCUCCCUAUCCCUCGCUCCGUCUGUCUCUUGUGUUUUGUUUCUAUUAGCGGUACGUCUUGAAUUCUGUCCUUUCUAGUAGUAAAGACCUAGGUACUACUCUGAAUUACAUGCACGUAUAUAUUGUAUAUGUAUAUGUAGGCCACUGUAUGAUUCAGUCAUAUAUAUAUAUAUAAAUACACAUUAAAAUUUGCUUUCUUCAAACGAGAAGACACAUUUGCUAUUUCUUCUAAAAGCGUUCUUCUUCUUUCUUCGUGAUUAUAUGGUGACUAACGUGAAAGAGGAGUGUGGAAAUAAAUACUAUAUAACAUAAAUUAGCAGGGUAAGUAGAGGGAAAGAAAUGGCACCGGUUUCGUUGCCCCCUGGUUUUCGAUUCCAUCCAACCGAUGAGGAACUAGUAGCUUAUUACCUGAAGAGAAAGAUCAACGGCCGUAAGAUCGAUUUAGAGAUCAUCCCUGAAGUUGAUCUGUACAAGUGCGAACCUUGGGAUUUACCAGGGAAGUCAUUGUUACCGAGCAAAGAUCUGGAGUGGUACUUCUUCAGUCCCCGAGAUCGCAAAUAUCCAAAUGGGUCGAGGACAAAUCGGGCAACGAAAGGUGGAUACUGGAAGGCCACAGGGAAAGACCGAAAGGUGAACUCGCAGACACGUGCAGUUGGCAUGAAAAAAACAUUGGUUUACUACAGAGGAAGGGCUCCACAUGGCUCUAGAACUGACUGGGUUAUGCAUGAAUAUCGUCUGGAUGAACGAGAGUGUGAGAUUCCAUCAGGUCUCCAGGAUGCGUAUGCACUUUGUCGUGUAUUCAAGAAAAGUGCUGUUGGGCCAAAGAUUGGAGAGCAAUAUUACGGAAGUACAAGCACCAGUACUACUAACCAUAUGAGCCAGAAUCAUCAUCAGAUUCUUAAUCAUAAUAAUCGCAACAUUAACAUGACUAGUGAUCAUUCUUCAAGCAUUGAAAUAUAUUCUGAUGGAAGAUGUGACGAUUUUGAGAGCAACAAUUAUUCAAUGCUGCCUCCUGACACUUGCUCCGCUCCAAAGUCUAUGAUGCAAAGAUAUAGACCAGAAUAUCAUCAUUCACAUAAAUGGACAAACUUCUUAUCUAAUGAUGACAAUUUUAAUUAUAAUUUUGGUACAACAUCCACUUCAUCCUUUCAGAAUUUAGGAGGAAUUUCUUACCCUCCUUCCAAGGUUGAUGUAGCACUUGAGUGUGCUAGGUUACAACAUAGGCUGACACUUCCUCCAUUGGAAGUAGAAGAUUUUGGUCAAGCUUCAGCGAAAAUCAAUGAAUUCAAAGCGAUGCAGUCAAGUUCUCAUCAACAUCAGGCAAUCCUAGAAACUACGGCCAAUGACACUGAUAUCUUACAAGAAAUCCUCUCGGUUGCUCAUGUUUCUCAAGAACUGAUAAACCAGCCCAGUAGUAUCUUUGCUGAUGACGCAUCAAUGUGGGGAGUAAGUAAUGUUAAUAUUGGUACUGCGGCUGAUGAUUUCAGCUUCAUGGUUGGCCAAGACACUCAAUACAACCAAUCAUUGUUAGAAAACAACCACAUGAAUUCUAUGCGGUUUGUGGACAACUCCUGGGAAGAUCACCUAGCGAGAUCCAUCGAGAUCGGAGAUUUCGAUGAGGAUUUCAAAUCGGAUCAGAGGUCAGCGGAAAAUCUGAGAUGGAUAGGAAUGUCCAGCAAAAUUGCAGAAGAGAGCUUCGUGGAAGAACAGAAGAUAGUUCCAUUUGAAAAUAUUUCUAGCUACCGUAGAGAAGAACACGCAGAUAAUAAUGGUGAAGCAUGCCAUCAAAGCAGCUGCAAUAAUAAGGAGUUGAAUGAAGAAAAUGAACAGACAAACGAUCAAUUUUCCCUUGAAUUCAUCAAUAGCGACCCAAAUGAAAACUUAAUUGAGGAAGGAAACAUGGAUGAAUAUUCAAGUUCACCAAGUUUUGAGGUCGUAGAGGAGAUCAAAGUCAAUCAUGGACUAUUCGUCUCGACACGUCAGGUUGCUGAGACAUUCUUUCAUCAAUCUGUGCCUUCUCAAACUGUUCAAGUCCAUCUGAAUCCAGUGCUUUUAUUGAGCAACCACUUCUUGGUAGGUUCUAAAGGGACACAUGAUAUAAAUUUUGCAAGGAAAUCCGAUCAGACCCUUACUCAUGAUCGUGAUCAAGAUUCUUUCACAACAGUUAUUAUGAAGUAUAAUAAAAACAUAGUGGAAAUGACGAAAUCAAUGAUGGUAGCAUGGUGGACAAUACUGAGCACCAUCAUCUGCAUGAUAUCACUUAGUUGGACAAGUGUUGAGCAGGUAGAAAAGAUAAAUGUGUUUGGUACUUCAAGUAGUACUAGAGCUGGUGUCUUCGAAGAAAAUGAAAUUGGUUCUGAUGUCAGCUUCUUCAUAAAGCAAAGGAAAAGGGGUGUUGGAGCUAAGUUGUGCAACGAGACAGGAAAAGUUUCAGUGGUUAACAUAAGAGGUGCAAAUAAUUUGUCUGUGUUUUUGAAGAAGAUUGGUGUAUUUCUCACCAUUACAUUGGCCCUUUGUACCAUGUGGGCCAAUCACAGUACGAUUAUUACCUCUUGACUGGAUCAUUUUAUCUAUUUAUUUCAUGUAUUUUAUUUUCUUUUUCAUUAUAAUACAUAGUGUUUACUGAAGAGGCUAUAACUUAGCCUUUUCUAUAACAUGACCGUAGGUUGAUAACAUAACAAAAAUUGUAUUUUACAUUUUUAAAUAAUUAAUUUAAUUUAUUAAUAUUUAAUUGGGGAUA